AUGAUGGAUAAGGUAAUUUCUCAUUUAUUAGAAUCUAUAAUUAGAGUUCACUAAUUAUCGUUUGGCUAAUUAUUAAUUUGAGAUUGAAUUCUCACCUAUCAAGAGAACUAAACAUUGGAACUCAAGUGUUUAAACAUGGUUACAAACAUGCUUUUAUGAUAGAUANUUAAGUUUUCAUAAAUUAAUAGAGACCAGAAAAUCAAGUGAAUAAUUAUUAUUAAGAGGAAACUUGA